AUGUUCGUCUUAACCAUCUUAAAACAGGUCCGGAUUAACGAAACUGGGUCCCUGCAAUGCUUGAAGGUUCUUUUAUCGCAUCAGAGAAUCGAUGUCAAUGCUUUGAAUGGUUCCAUGAAGACUCCGCUAUCUCAACUCUUAACAUCUCUAAAUGAGGGAGUCGGGUUUAAAGCCACAGUGGUCACCGAGUUCAUUAUUGCUGGAGCUACGCUGCCUGAAGUAGAAGCGUUGCGUAUGAAAGAACUGGGAAUAUCAACACAUUUCUCUGCUCCCACUGAAGUGCCAUCGUCCGAAAGUUUCCAGUGGAAACUGCUCAACAGCAUCGUGAGUAGAGAUUUUGAGCUAGUUAGUUCAGAUAUCAGAGAAGGCAAGUUUUCCAUUGCAAACCAGUACGUUGGAGCCAGAUCUAUUCUGUACCAAUUCAUAGAGUCCUUGGAUUUCGACGCCAUCAUGUCUUUGAUGCAAAGUGGAAUUGACCCUUGGAUGAGGAACAUCAAAGAUGGCAAACUACCUCUCCAUGCUGCGCUUGAGAUCGGAGAUGUCGAAAUCACUAAACUUGUUCUUGAUUCAAUGAAGCAAGCGUACUCCAGUUCGAUCGUCGAUUUACAAGAAGACACAUUCAGUCUACUUCAAACUCUGAUCUGCAACGCAACCGCAGGCCGCCAAAACAAGGACUACACUCGCGGAGAUCACGUUGGGUGUUUAGAAGUGUUGUUGAGUCCAAUUUGUUCCAUGGACAUCAACCAGACAAGUAGAAGUGCCGAUUGCUCGUUGGCGGAAUUGGUAUCUUGGACAUCCAAUGAUGAAAUAAAGGAGCUGCUUCUUCAACACACCGGCAUUGCGUUUUCACCACAGCAAUCGGAAUCCGGUUCAAAAAGGACACCAACUUACUACACAUUCGAAAACAUUUUCAAGUUGGGUAACAGAGACAGACUGGAGAUUGAAAUUGCCAAAUGCGGAAACGACCUCGAGUCCGUCAUGAGAUUGCCAGGAACAACCGAAAACCAAACAAUCUUCCAUAUGGCAGUCCGCGAGAACGAAUUUCCUCUCGACUGGAACUCGCUUAUGGAUAUCUUUGAGGAAGAUGAACGACCAAGAUUAGAAGUUGAACUUGCCCGACAUGGUGGCGACCUCUCCCAACUCAUGCGUUUGCCAGGAGCUCCUUUGAAAGGAACCAUAGUGCACGCAACUGUCUUGUGUGGUGCUCUAGAAUGUUUGAAGUUCAUUGUACGAAUGAAAACCAGCGAUCUUGAUCUGGACGAACCUGAUGCUGAAGGUAGAACAGCAUUGCAUUAUGCGGUGGAGCUCGGCCAUCACAAUCAAGAUCCUAAAGUCCUUCAGUGUCUCUUGCUUCUUCUCGAAAGUGGAGCGAAUAACAUGAAAAGCCCACAAAAACGUGUUAAAAGAUCCGGCUUUUCUGAACUACUGCAUUUCAUAUUCUUCAGGGAUGAACCAUCAAUCAAACGACUACUCAAGAAAAAUGCACAGAAAAUCAUACACGAUUGGGAAAGCCGAUUCAUUAGUAACACGAUCUUCCUCCACUACCUGAUCCUGAACUUCCAGCAUGACAUGGUGGAAUGUUUUCUGACUUUUGGGGGAGACCCAUGGAAGAAAGAUCAGUUCUCGAACCUACCUCUGUCCACGGCGUUCAGCAUUGGACAUUUCAACACGGCAGAUAUCCUUAUACAUUUCAUGAAAGAUUACCGAGAACUAGAGAUUUUGGAUCUCCGGCAUCAAAGCGAUGCACUUUUCGGAAGCAUAAUAUUGAACAUGCGACGAGAAAACAAACCGAUUGAAAUGAACUUCUACAAGUGCAUUGAACGGCUCUUCAGGAACGAUGUGAAAGUUUCCGUGUCACAAGAUACGCUGAAACUCGUCUCCGAAGAGGGAGACGCUGAAGCCAUUCGGCUGAUUUGGAAAGCUGAACCUUUACAGUGGUCAGACGCACUUCGCAUUCUAGAAGAGAACGACUCGAAAAAACUAACGAAAGUCUUGAACAGAGUUGACAACCGCAUUGAGUUCAUCCUUCGUCCAACUGGAGCUCCGAAUGGAAUCACUAUUUUGCACGCCGCUUUUGAAUUCUCUUUGUCCAAGAAGGACGAGUGUUUCGACAUCCUUUUGGACUGCGUGCAACAAUCAAAGGACCAGUUCCAAGAUUUCAACGAUUAUCACGUGAUAAGCAGUCCUCUAAAUGAACCUAACGAGAACGGGGAAACAGUUCUACACAAAGCAGUUAGUCAUCUCGCGUGUCAAACUGUUGAAAAACUUCUUUAUCUCGGUGCUGACGUCAACGCGCGCGACGAUGAUGGAAACUCUCCUCUUCAUAUGCUGACUAAAAGUUCCUCGAAGAAAGCUUUAGUUUCAGAUGCGUGGUAUGCAACUGCUGACGCUCUGUUGGCAUGUCCACAUCUUGACACGUACGCUUUAAACUGCGCAAAUGAAAGUCCUGUGGAUGGUGGCACUCAAGCUGCCAUGAGGUUGAAGUGGAAGAUCGAUGAGAGGAACUCGACCGCCGCUGAAGAAACUCGAUGUCCAACAUCAGCACUGUACGAUUGUUGUCUCUCCAGAAGCGUGGAAGAAAUUUCGAAGUUUUUCCAUUCAUGUAAUCCAGACGAGCCUUUGUGCAAGAGCCAGUACGUUGGUUCCCAGACUGUACUUUGCUUCGUGGUAUCUUUUGUUGACCAUGAGAUUCUGGAAGAGUUUUUGGAAAUGGGGUACGAUCCUUGGCAAAAAAAUGUAAACGGGAAACUUCCGCUUGGGGAGGCACUGCGACUGGGAUAUUACCAAAGCGUGGAUCUCUUGAUUGAAUGGAUGAAGAAGAAGAAAAGUCAAAAGUACAUUGACCUUGCGGACCUCAGUUUCGAGUACCUAAACCUUACCUUGGUAAACGGUGAAACUGAAGAUAGCCACUCAGGUCCAGCUGUGGACCACACAAAGUGCUUAAAAAGGAUCCUGCGCGAGGACGUCUUGCUAGAUGUUAACGCACUGGAUACCAGAGGUGACGGUUCGAACGCAUUGCAGGUAGCCGCCGUCGUCAACAAUCAAGAGGCCAUGCAGAUGCUCAUUACAAAAGGAGCUUUCAUCGGAACCAAACGCAAUGUCAACGGACGGGAGAGUGAAGGGGUCUUGACCGCCGUUUUACCCGAAACACUGAACUCUGCUAUCAACAAUUGUGUGAAUGUUUACAAUAACCAGAUUUUCGAAGACACCGAUGUUGCUCAUCCACAGUUCGCGCUGAAGCUGGACUGCAGUUUCCUUCUUUUCUCGCCUAACCCAAACCAAGCGCGGGAAAAAGACCAAAGUUUUCACAACACCACGCGGUUUCAGAUAGCAGAAACUGUCUUAGAAUUAGGUGAGGAUCCGAGCCAUCAGGAUGUUUUACAACUCCCACUCAUGGAAGCUUUGCUCGACGCCAAAUGGAGUUCUGUAUACGACCUUAUUGUUGUCAAUGCCAUGUUGACCUUUUUGUUCCUGCUACUUACAAUUACUCAAUGCAUUUUGAUCAACGUCGGUAUGAACAGUGGUACGUCUACUCAAGUCAUCGCCAACUCCACCUUCCCGAAUUCGUUAGACCAUGACUACCGGGCGCCCGUCACGACAGUCGGAAUAAUAUUAACGUUACUGGCCGUUUUCUUGGCGCUGAGGGAAACUUUGGAACUAGUUACAACUUUCAGGUUCUAUUUCCGCCGCCUGGAGAACUACUUCGAGUGGUUCUUGAUCGUGUCGUCGGUGGUUCUAAGUUUCGUUGCCAUUGAACACACCGACGCCGUGCACCUCACCGCCUGGACUGCGCUCAUUGCUUGCUACGAGCUGCUGCUGACUGGGGAGCACGUAAUUCCGGGCCACUACAUCGGCAAGUUUCGGUUCACGGUUCGCAACAUCAGCCGGUACUUCGCCUGGUUCAUGAUACCCAUGCUGGCGUCAAUCAUCAGCCUCUGGUUCAUAUACGCACCAGAGGGCGUGGAGUCGUCGUACUCGCACCACGUCGCCCAGAUGUACUCCAUGGCGCUGGGGGACUUCGAAAACGGUCUCGAAUUCACAAACAGCGUCCAAUUCCACGCCAAAAGGAGCAAGUGGAAGGUGGUAGUUCGGUACGAGAAGGCCUUGGACAGCAUCAUGUUCUUGAGGAAUAUGUUGCCUAAAGGUUACAUGUCCCACUACAUCGACCGUUUCAUAAGGAGGUUCCAACAACCUAACUGCAAAAAACCUACAAUUCUCCUCAAGCUCAACGCCACGAACGUCAAGGAAAGAAUGAUUCUCAGCGACGGAGUACACGAAUACUACAGGAGCGUCUCGGAUAAACUGGCCUACAAGUUCAGGAGUAUAUACCUGGCCAACCUGAAACUCAACGAGGAAGGUGCAGGUGUGGAAUCCAAGCUCGAGACCGUGAGCCAAAACCUCAAGAAGUUGAUGCAGAACAACCAAUCCAUGGCUAACCGCCGAGCGUCCAUGGCUAAUCCAUCAAAGUCUAAAUCCACUUCCUUUGUCUCUACUGCUGGCAAAGGCACCACCAAAACCACCAACAACAAUAAAGGCAUUAACCGUAAUGCUGAGACUACUUCUUCAAACUCUGAAAUUCAGACCUCGAAUUCCGAAGACCUGGGGCCAUUAGACCCUUCUGUGGGACCUGUAACUAAAAACGGGACAAAGUCUGAUGAAGGUCUGACAUCGGCUGUCAAGUCCACCGCUAAGUCCCAAUCAAAUCCCGCUGUGGGACCCGUAACUAAAGGGGACAAGAGUGGGACAAAGUCGGAUGAAGGUCUGGUAUCAAGUUCCAUCAAGUUCAGCCGAAAGUUGCCCGGCAAACAGCGUAAAGUUACCUCAUUCAAACUUGACCCGCCGUCUAUCAACAUCAGCAGUGUUGACUGGGACGAGGAUGAAUCCAGCAUGUGAAUAAUAUUAUAAUUUUUUGUGUGAGAUGAACUUUAUUAUUUUUUUAACUGGGUUGAACUUUAUUUAAGAUAGUUCGGCAGGCUCAGUAGUGUAAUUUAACCUUACUUUUAUGACGGGUGAUAGACAGGAUCAAUGAGAUGUAAAUAAUUGUAUAGAGGUACAAAAAUAUAGCUAAAUUUAUCGCAUCCAUUUAUUUUAUUUGUAUAGAGGUAAUGGUAUAAUAUAUAUUUACGAUACACAGUUUAUGUUACUGGUACAGUGUAGUUACAAUGAUAUGGCACUGAUACAGUAUAGCUGCAAUGAAAAAUGCUGAAAUGGUUAUAUAGAUAAAGUGAGCCUAGGAAUGUAUGUAGCUGAA